AUGAGUACUAUAUCCAAUGCCAUAUUCGCUUUUUCGAUUGUAUUUCUUUUGAUAUGUGAUAAAAACGUAAACUCAAGAUCAAGUAGAGGAGCAACAGGGUGGGAAAAUGUAUUCUCCACAAAUUUCACCACCGCACUGCAGCUGCAACAUUUUGGUAAUAAAUCCUACUAUUUGGGUGUUUAUAUGAAGGCAUCAUUCUUUCAAGCUAUGCAGAUAUGCCAGAGUGUGCACAUGAGUUUAGUUACAGUGGAAUCACUUGAAGAAAAUGAGAGAUUAUUCAAAUACAUCAGAGAAACCAAUAAAGGCGAUGAGUUUUGGUCAUCUGGCUCGAAAUUGUUGAAUGCUAAACACUGGAAAUGGAUGUCGAAUGGAAAGAAUGUUGAUUACACGAAAUGGGCAACAGGACAACCUGACAGCCAAGUGGAACAUUGUCUGUUACUGGUACAUCAACGAAAUGUUGGUUUAUUUUGGCAUGAUAGAGAUUGUAAUGGUCAGUUCUGGUUCAUCUGUGAGAGAAGAGACGAUGAAAGAGAUUCUGGUAUCCCCAACAGUCUGACAAUAUGGAAUAACCUAUUUGGAAAUCCGGUGAUAUGGUCGAACAUGGAUCUUUUACAGUUCGCGAAUAAGAGCUAUUAUUUCUCCAGGAACUUCAAGGGAACAUUUCUCCAGGCCAACCAGUUCUGUGAAAUGAUCGGCAUGGACCUAGUAACGAUUAAAUCAGCUGAAGAGAACAAGAGACUUCAUAAAUAUAUCAGAGAUACCAAUGCGGGCAUAGACUGGUGGUGUUCUGGAACCAGAUUUAUCGAUGGAAGAUCUUGGAUCUGGACCUCCACUGGUGAACAGGUAGAUUACACCAAUUGGUUGACAGGCCAGCCAGAUAACAUCAAUCAUCACUGCCUCCACCUGACUGACCAAAAAAAUACUGAUUUGUUCUGGGACGAUCAAGAUUGCAACGUACAGUAUCAAGUGAUCUGUGAGAAGUGGCAUAAGUUUGCCAAGCCUGAAACAAUGAAUAUUGGCAGGAAACAAAUAAGUGAUUGCGAUGAGAGUUAUAAAGACAACAAAGUUCACAAAGACUUGCUAGUGGAACUCAGAAGAACUUCUCCAGGUUAUAUAGAGUUUACACAUAUUGAAGGCAGGAGAUUUCAUGUCCAGAGCGAAAUUGAAGUUUCACAAUCAGAAGCUGCUCGAUUCUGUGAAUAUCAUAAAAUGCAGUUACUUUCCAUUGAGGAUGAGAAGAAGAAUAAGUUAAUCGAACGUCUCCUUGCAGAAACAAGUGUCAUUGGACCAUAUUGGACAUCCGGAAAGAAAUCUGGCGAAGUAUGGAUAUGGUAUUCAACUGGACAGACGCUAUCUUUCUUCAACUGGAGUCCAUUUUCGAACGCUGAAAACAACUGUAUCGGCAUUGAUGAUCGUGGAAAAUGGAUCAAACGAAACUGUCUACAGGAUAGCAUGAAAUUCAUAUGCGAGAUGCCUAGUGUGGCUCAUAUUUCUCAAUGUCCUGUUCAGCCAGUCGUUAACAUUUACGUGCAGGAUGCAAUGAUAACAUCAUCCGGAAAAAAAUUAGUUGAUAUUUUCACUAAAUAUGACAAUAUUUCUGCUGAAUAA